AUGCGAUUUUUGCCAACGGUCACCGGAAAAAAUGACAAAGAAAGGUUUGAUAAUUUUGAGAAUGAGGAGGUUUUGAUAUUCACUUAUCAUUUGAGGAAAUCUCGUGGAUUUUUGGAAGAAUAAAAAAGUUGACCUUGAAAAUGACCUUUUAGUGAAGAAAAAGUGAUUUUAUGGUAAGAUUGGUUCAAUUUGAAUUUGACAGACAGAUGUUUUUUGAGAAAACGAAAAUUGAGGAAAGGGAAAUUCAGGAUUUAAAAGAAGGGGGGGGGGGGUGAGUUUACUGUUUUGGGUUACUGUAGUUGAAGAAAGUAAUGAUACUGUAGAUAAAUUUUUGACUCGAAAAUCACUUUUUAUCGUUUUGAGAAUUUACAAUAUUCGUUUAUUUGCUCAGAGCUACAGUAACCCCUAUUUUUCUUGUUACUGGACUACAGAAAUCUCGUAGAAGUUCGGUUACUGUACCUGUUGUUUUAUUCUGAGCUAGAAUCUACGUUUAUGGUAUAAAUCUACAGUAACCCUAACUAAAAAAAAAUGAUCCAAUUUUUGUUAAAUUUUAAUUUGAAAGGUGUUUUUUCGAUCCUAAUACAUUUUUCGUAUAACCAAGAUUCAAAAAAAAUUUAGAAUUCAAAAAAAAUUCCAAAUAAAGUGUUCACUUUCUCGUUCAAAAAGAAACAGCUGUAAAAAAUGACUCUUAUCUAACUGUGACCAUGAUUUGUUCAUUCGAUUUUUCAUUGCUCAAAUAUUUGCACAUUCAAAAAAAGAGAAAACUUUCCCUCCUGGCAUAGAAAUACAUUAAAUUACCUCGCUAGUUUCCCGCCAGAAAUUUCCCUGCGCGGCGUCCUUUUUUUCUGGGAGGAGGACAGGAAAAAAUAUUAUUUGGGUCAUUCUUCUUCAUUUUCUCAUUGGAUUUGUUCAGAUUUUCACACCACUUCUUCGUAUUAAAUAUGGUAAGUUAUCCUAACUUUUAUUGAUUUUUCAACCUCAAAAAAUCAUAUGAAAUAUUUCCAGUCAAGACCAGCAGUUUUACCUCUCUGGGUAACUAUUUGGCUAUUAGCUUCUGGUGUCAUUUGCCUUCUUGAUGUUAUUUAUACAAUGUUUCGACCGUAUACAAAUUCUGAAAAGGGAUUUAUCUUAAACACUUUAUUUUAUGGAUGUAAGAUUUUGAUUUUCAGAAAAAAUUGUUCGUCUAAAUUUAAUUUUUAGGGAAACUCUAUUCCUCUGUUGAUGUUCGUUAUGCAAAAACCAAUGAUAUUGUGACAUGUUCGACUGGAAGAGUUAUGCUAAUUGAAAUUGCUCUCAAUUUUAUUGCCGUUUUCUUGGUAAGUUUUUGAGUUAUUCUAAUUCUGAAAAAAAAGAAUUCGAUAAAAUAUUAAUUUCUACGUGAGCACUGACGUGGCAUUUAUAUUUUCAUUAUGAAAAAAAAUUGGCCUAGGCUUAGGGUAUAAUCCUUGAAACAGUGAAAAAUUCCCUAAUUUUCUCCAGGCAUGGAAACGUUCCCGUCACGCACUUCUUCUCGCUUUCACUACUUCCGCUUUGGUUUUCUGGAAAACCUUCUGGUAUCUCUCUUUGUAUAUCGCUCCACCAGCCGGAAAUCCACCAUUUUUCACAAAUCAGUACGGAUAUUUGGGAAUGACUUUGAUCUUUUGGAUUCCAAAUGGUAGGUUUUUUAAAUAAUAUAUUCUAGUGAAUUGGGGUACGAAAUUUACCUCAAAUUUCAGGUGUUUGGGUUGUGUUACCAUUCUGUGUUAUGAUUGCAUUAUGGAACAAAUUAGCACUUCCAAUUGAAUACGAGGAACAAUUUAAUAAUAGUUAUGAAAAGCCACCAGGACUUUCAUCACCAUGA